AUGUCUACCGAAAGCGUAGCAAUCGGUCCACAAUUCGGUGCGGUGCUCGUUGGUUGUCGCUUCGUACGUAAGGUGCUGGUAGUGCGGAAGGUGCAGGGACAUUUCUUACAUGCAUUCUACAUACAGUGAUGCCCCGGAGAACUUACCUUACAUGACUGUUAUGCGAGAUAAAGAGCGGUGUGUUUUUCAGAAUUCUCAUUGAUAUCUGUGUAUACACACACUAAAAUUCAGCGCGCGUGUCCCUCAUCUGUACAUCACACGCUGAUCUGGAAAUUACACAAAGGUCCAUCAAAAGAGAAACAGAAACUAUUAUAUUGUCAGUGUGACACUGCACAGAGUGCAAGACACAAGUGUUUUUAUCAUUAGUUUCAUCGCACUGAAGUUGGUCUUUAGUUCGGUCACUCUUCUUCGUCAGUUUUUUUUUUGACAGUGUCAGUUCUUGAAUAUAAACACGGUUUUUGCUGGAUUUUCAUCUCUCAACCUUCAGAAAAAACGAAAGGCCUUUUGUUAUUUUUAUCUCCGGUACAAUUCCACGGAAGAACAAAUAAAACAAAACGCAAAGAAGAACGCAGAAGAAAAGAAUGGGCGCGGUGUAAUAGACGGGACAGAAAACAAAUAGUGAACCAGAGGCCAAAAAUCAGAAAAUUAAACCAGCAGAAAAUCUUGUGACAAGGACUAAUCAGUUAUAAUAUUAAACAGGCGCACAGACCAACAUAAAAAGAGUUUAUUAUAUCCAUAUUGUUUUGGUGCUGAAUGUCUAAAUGUCGAGAUGUGGAAACGCGUUGUUGGCAAGUACAACAAAAUCCAGAGGUAGACCCCUAUUUGCCGAUUGACACACGCCAACGUACGCAUUAUGCUUUCCGGUGUUUUGGUCGCGUACAGCGAGAGCAAAGUUUCAGACAUUACGCCGAUGAGUGCAAAACCAAAUGCGAGUAAUCGACUUUUUCGGGAGAGAAGGAGACUUUGAGACUUUUCUUAUACAUAUACAUAGAAACAAUUUGGAUUAAUCCUGUAAACUGUGAAGCAUAAGAGAGAAUAAAAACAAAAUUAGUUAUAAUAUUUUAUUUUCAAUUGUCUUCCCGUAGAAUAAAUUCUCAUCGGGGAAAGACGAAGAUCGCAAGUACUAAAAACUAUACUAGAAAAUAAACCACUUCUUUGAAGAAACUUAACAAGUUAACGAAAUAGUAGAGAAUAACGAAAGAGUAGCACGACUAGUCUUACACUUUGUUAAGACAAACUAAACGGUAAUGCACAGAUCAUUCUCUGAAAAAAGAAGAAGGAGCAAAGAAGUUCUAAAGAUCGACAAUAUCACAGGUUGCUCUUGCAGAGAGGGAAGAGAGAUACAUAGAGAUACGAGAAAUACAUAAUUUCCCGAUCAAGAUUAUCAAAUAUCAGUCGCAGUAUAUUCGGCGACGCGGUACAUGCGGCAAUGCAAUCAUCGUCUUCAUUUACUCAAACUAAUUGUUCAUCACGUUUCCACAUGGUACAUAUAUUUCCGUCAUGGCACAAGUAGUAUGAAAUCUGUCGACGCGGUGUACUUAAAGUUUCCCCUCUAUCUUCUCUUGUUCGGUCCCUGUUUAUGCAUAUUACUGGCCAUAAUACAAGGCGACGAUCUACCUUGAAGCAUCAAGCUUUAUUCUAACAUAGAAUUUGCUAAUUGUAACUUAACUCUUUGGCAUAACUUCGGUUCCUGAUUGCGCGUCACUAAAUAUUUUCGGAGAAAGACGGUACUUGCAAUCAAAUUAUUCAUCGGACUAAAAACCAAACGCGACGAAAAUCAAGCGAGAGCGAAGGUGUGCCUGGAAGAAAAAAUCAGAUUGAGCACGAUAACACCUCGGGUCCCAAGUUCCAAGGGGACGGACGCCAUGGCGGCUUCUUCGUCCUUAUCGAGUGCCGGAGAGACUCAGCAAUACGCACUUAAGUGGAACGACUUCCACACCAAUAUCCUCAGUACGUUCCGGAAUCUCAGAGAUGAAGAGGACUUUGUCGAUGUUACGCUGGCGUGUGAUAACUGCAGCUUCACCGCCCACAAAGUGGUAUUGUCGGCCUGUAGUCCAUACUUCCGACAGCUUCUCAAGGCUAAUCCGUGUCAACACCCCAUUAUAAUCCUGAGAGAUGUCUCGUCGCAAGAUAUGGAGUCGUUGCUGCGUUUCAUGUAUCACGGCGAGGUGCACGUGGCCCAAGAGCAGCUGCCUGCCUUUCUGAAAACUGCACACAUGCUCAAGGUGAAGGGACUAGCGGAAGUUAGCAGAGGCGCCGGUAGUGCGAAAACUCCAGCGCCGUCGUCGUCGACUGGUAACAACGCUAGCGCACCUGCGACACCUCGUAAUCCGUGGCAAGACAAAGGAGAUCUCAGUGAUAACAGUCCACCUGAGAAGCGACCGAGAAGUUACAGUCCACCGAACCAUGUCGAUCAGAAAACAGACCUUCAAGAAUCCUUGUUGGGUCAGGCCCUUGAAGGUGGCCCCACGAUACACACACCUGCGAACAAUAUACAGUCAACUGGUGAAGAUUCAAACUCGAUGUCGGAAAAUGACGAAGAAAUAUCGAAUAACGACAGCAUUCUAAACACGGUAAAGGCUGAACCGAGUGACAUUUUAAACGACUCUGUGGAACAUCAUCGAAACAGUUUUCCUGCAGCGUUAUUGAGUCUUCAAGGGAUAAUGCCUGGACCGUCCGGGAUGCAUGUGAACCAGGAUGCAGCAUUCGAUCACGAGCUUGAUGAGGCAGAGGGCGCGGCUUACCACCACCACCACAGCCAAUACCAGCAACAUCAUCGGCAUCGCUAUCAUCAUCCACUAUCCGUCCCUCCUCCUCACCACCGUCAUCAGGCGCUACUGAAAGACGACCCAUCAAUUAAUCAAUCUUCCACUACGGCAACUACGACGAUCACGACGACCAGCAAGUAUCAACGCGGUCAACCGGACUUCAAGCAACAAAAAUUACUGCAGGAGCAUCAUCGGCAGUACGGUUACAGGUGUCCUCUCUGCUGCAGGACGUUGCAAGACAUCAGUGAUAUGAGAGCGCACUUGGAUCAUCACUAUCCUAGAGACUCGCCCACCUGUCCUGUCACUUCCUGCGCCAAAACUUUCUCUCAUCCCAACAGUGUCAGAAACCAUAUGCGAUUGAAACAUCCUGUACAGUGGGAUCAGAUUAAAACCUUAAGAUGGACCUAUGUCUGAUAAAGAGGCGACGAUCAGUUGAACUCUAUGUGUCAUAAAUGUAAUAUCGAAGGCUUUUUCCAAAGAAACAUAGCUUUUUAUUUUCCCGGUAAUAGCCCCCUGCUAAACGCUCUUUGUGGCAAUUGCCCGGUGGUAAUAUAGUACAAUAAAUUCAUAAGUUUAUUAUUAGGAUUACCAUAGGAUUGUACAUAUAUUUGGAAUGAAAGCAAAGUGGUAGGAAAAUUUAAAUUUAAUAUAUUUACUUAUUUAUUUUUUUUUUUUUUUAAUAUACAUAGCAUUAAAUUAUGAGGUUUAGAUUUUAACCUGUUUAAAUUUAAUUUUUUUAUAAAAACAAGUACCAAAUUGAUAUCAAAUUAAUAUCAAAUUGGGCUUGUUAUCGUUGUGCAACAAUUGUUUUUACGUCUAUGAAUGUUGGAAGAGAGUCUGGUCGACGGAGGAUAAACAUUUUUUGAUACAAUCUAUGAAACGUCAAGAGAUGUAAAAUCGAUUGUACAUGUAUAUGUAUUAGAGACUACGAAUCCGGGCUCUUAUUCUGUAACUUUUGAUGUGCGUUACGUAUCCUUGUGCAGACAAAAUGUAUCAUAAAAUAGCUGCGCACGUUUAAUGAAAUUGUCGUUAAAAGUUACAGAAAUAAGAAAACAAAAAUCAACUAGAACCGAGUGUAUGUCUGCGUAAUAAUGUACGCGUGAAAAGGCAAAAACCAGACUCUUUUAUGCUUUUAUUUUGAAAAAUGUUGUUAUACAACCGCACCCACUGCAAAGUUUACUUCUGAAAAGCGCACAUUGUACAUAUGCGAGAUUGUGUAAGAAACUAUAUCGACAAAGAAGAUAUAUAUAUAUAUAUACGCGUGCGAGGAUUGUGUGAUAUUAAAAUAAUGAGAUUGAUUUUGUAGAAGGUUAUUAAUAGAAUUGUUUGUUUCUCAGUUUACAAAAAUAUUUUUCUUCUCAAUGACCGGUGAAACAAUAUGAACAAACGAACGAACGCUCGAACAAGUGUGUAUUGAAAAAAUUAAUUUGAGAGACCGCGGAAUGUGUUGUAGUAUGUGGAUUUUUUUAAAUUAAAUUAUUAACUUUCACAAAACUAGUCUCAUAACUUUUAUAUCCGACCGCUCUCAUAUAUGAAAAUUAUAAUACGUGUGUACACAUAUGUGUACAUAAGUGUAUACAUAAAAAGAUAUAUAAAAUUUGUUCUGUAUAAAAUGGACAAGGCAGUAUUUCCUGUAGAACCUGAAGUGUAGAUGCCGUAGGAUCAAAUAACAUACGUAUACACGCAGCGACCGGCCGGUGUAUAUACAGACAUAUUUGACAUCGAGAUGUAAUGAUUAGGUUUACGUAUCUAAAAAAUAAAAAAUAAAAAAGAAAACAAUGUUCCUCUAAGAGCUGAGCAAGCCAGCCUUAUGUUGAAUAACGUAUAGUCUUAAGGAUGUAGAAAUGUAUACACUGGAAAUGUGAACGAACGCACGGCGACAAUCAUGCCGAAAAAUCGAGUAACAAGUCACUUCUAAAAAUUCCGAUAUAAACAAAAAAAGGUGCCGAAGCCAUAUGUGUGAGAGAUACUGGCGCGUGUAUGUAAAAAUGUUUCGUCGCGCGAAAGUAUGCGAAUCUAUGUGAGUGGAUCGCGAGUGAAUAUGUCGACCCCACAGAAGUACGGUCGUUUCGACAACGCCUAGCCUUAUUUUUCUACAGUCUUUACGUUUUAUCAGUAUUUAUUAGAUAAAAGAAAAAAUUUCCCCAAGAGACAUAUUCUCGAGACAUUGUGUAUACUAAAAAUUUGCCGCGAACGGGCGCUGGAAUACGAGUUGUUAGUUGUGGGUCUCGAAGUGAAAACAAUGUCGACAAGUACGACGAAAUGCAUUACGACACGAAUAUAUAAUAAAUUGUUGAAUUUAUUACACACUGAGACAAAGUUCGCGCAAGAGGUUUACUGAUGUACAAAUCGACUUUACAGUUUUUUCUCUUAAAUAUUUAUUAUCGACUGAUAUAAUUUCUCAUUACUGACAGCUCGUGCGGUGAAUAAUGUAUAGAAUUAUAAUGUAAUAAUGCACUAUUUUAGCAGGUUCUAGCUUAGACAUAUACAUAAGACGUACGAAAUGAAAUAUAUACUAUUUAAGUAAUGCUUUGUACAAUAAAAAG